AUGGCUAAGUGGGGUGAAGGUGACCCGCGUUGGAUAGUAGAAGAGAGGGCUGAUGCUAAGAACGUCAAUAACUGGCACUGGACUGAGAAAAACGCCACCCAAUGGUCCAUCGACACUAUAAAAAAGCUUUUGGGCUCUCUUACCAUUGACAGUGACGAAUUUCUCUGCAAUAAGCUUGAAGUCACUAAAUGUGAAGGUGAAGCACACGUGAACAACCGCAAAGGGAAACUUAUUUCUUUCUACGAAUGGCAGAUUGAAGCAGAGUGGUCAGGAACACGAAAAACAGGAGAUAACAAAACGAAGUUCAAAGGAAAAGUUGAAAUUCCGAACCUCAGUGAAGAAUACUCCGUUGAGGAACUUGAUGUUUCCGUGACGUGCACUUCUUCAAGUGGCGACGGCGACGCUAUUCGUAAUUUCAUGCAAACUGUUGGUGCGAAAGCGAUCAAGGAAAAGCUUGGGCAGUACCUAAAAUUACUUCAUGAAGGUUCCCACAAUUCAUUUUUUUGGUUUUUACUUUUCUUAGAGUACUCUCGAGACCUCAUCCUUCCAACGAAAGGCCAAAAUACGACAAACCAGAUACCUAAGGAGUCUUCAAAAGCCCUUCCAAACGACGUCAGGAAAAAAGACACCGACCACAGCAAACAACCAAAAGAUCUUAGUAUCAGAGAAAUUCACCUGAACGAUGAGUUCUUCUGUACACCAGACGACCUGUACAAAGUUUUAACGACGAAGGAGUUAGUGCAAGCCUUUACCCGGGGUGAAGCAACAGUGAAUGCGGUCCAGGGUGGAGAGUACUGUAUUUUCGGUGGCAACAUUUCGGGCACGUUUACCUCUCUGACUCCUGGAAAAUUGAUCGAAAUGCAAUGGCGAAAACGGGAAUGGCCAGAAAGUCACCACAGUAUCUUGUGCAUAGAGCUCAAUUCUUUCGAAGGCGGCACGCAGCUAAAUCUCUCGCAAAAGGGAAUUCCUGCCUACGAUGUAGAGAACACUAAGAACGGAUGGCAGUCCAAUUUCUUCGCCUCUGUAAAACAGACUUACGGGUACGGAGGUCGCAUGUUUUAAGCCCGUCUUCGAACCGGUGCUGUUCAUCCAUUACACACAUUCAAACAAGAGAACGCUUGUUUGUCCAACGACGGAGUGCUUGUGCUGGAGGACUUCAACAGAAUAUAUUAUACAGCGAUUUAAACAGUGU